GGAGCUGCGCCCUCAAGUGAAGGAGGAAGUCUUAGUGAUGAUUCAAAACACCUUUAGCUUGGGACAGAAACAGUCCAGUCAUCUGUUUCACAUUUUGAUGGAAUGCAUGGAGCACAGAGAGUCCAUAACCAUAUUUGAUGCAGACUCAGAAGAUCAGCAAGACAUUGAUUUGGCAAUUCUGACUGCACUCUUGAAAGGUACAAAUAUGUCUGCUUCAGAUCAAUUAGAUUUGGCAUUGGCCUGGAACCGGCUAGAUAUUGCCAAGAAACACAUAUUGGUUUAUGGACAACACUGGAAGGUUGGUGCCUUGGAACAGGCAAUGCUGGAUGCUUUGGUGAUGGACCGUGUGGAUUUUGUAAAGCUUUUAAUAGAGCAUGGAGUGAACAUGCACCGUUUUCUUACCAUAUCUCGUUUGGAAGAACUCUACAAUACAAAACAAGGACCAUCAAAUCUACUUUUGCAUCACCUAGUUCAAGAUGUGAAACAGAAUACUCUUUCCUUGGAUUACAAGAUAUCACUGAUUGAUAUUGGGCUGGUGAUAGAGUACCUCCUUGGUGGAGCUUAUCGAAGCAGCUACACAAGGAAGCAUUUCCGAAUUCUCUACAAUGAUCUCUACAGAAAACAAAAGAAAGUGCUCUCCAGCUUUUCUCAGAGCCUGUCUCAUUCCCUUCAUCAGAAUAAUCAGGCGAGUGGCAGAAUGGGAUCUGCUGAAAGUACUCUGCAUUCUCAGUUCUUCAGAACAGCACAGCCUUACAAAUACAAGGAAAGAUCCACUGCUUUCCAUAAGUGUAAGAAGAAAUCAAAAGAGGAUAUAAACUUUGCAGAGAACUAUGAGUCAUCUGGCUUUAUCUACCCCUAUAACGACCUCCUGGUUUGGGCAGUAUUAAUGAAAAGGCAGAAGAUGGCAAUGUUCUUCUGGCAGCAUGGUGAGGAAGCCAUGGUCAAAGCUGUUGUGGCUUGUAAACUCUACAGAGCGAUGGCACGUGAAGCUAAACAGAGCAACAUGGUGGAUGACACUUCAGAAGAACUCAAGAAGUACUCGAAGGAAUUUGGGCAGCUUGCCUUAGAUGUGCUGGAGAAAGCAUUCAAACAAAAUGAGCAGAUGGCUAUGAAGUUGCUGACCUAUGAACUGAAAAACUGGAGCAAUUCAACUUGCUUAAAACUAGCAGUGUCUGUGGGGCUGCGGCCUUUUGUAUCCCAUACUUGCACACAGAUGCUGCUGACGGAUAUGUGGAUGGGGCGCCUGAAGAUGCGGAAGAACUCCUGGUUUAAGGUCAUUAUAAGUAUUCUCCUGCCUCCCACCAUCUUGAUGCUGGAGUUUAAAAGCAAGGCAGAAAUGUCUCAUGUGCCUCAGUCUCAAGACUUCUAUCAGUUCACGUGGUAUCAUGGGGACCAGAGCCCAACCAGCUCUAAAGAUGCCUUAUCUCUGAAGGAUUAUGAUGUGGAGAAGGUUGCUCAGAAGUCUGAUGAAAGCCAAGUAGAUGGUGGACCAGGAAGCCUGCCUGGAACUAGAAAAAUCUAUGAGUUCUACAAUGCACCAAUUGUCAAGUUCUGGUUUCACACGAUGGCGUACAUGGCUUUUCUUGUGCUCUUCACUUACACUGUGUUGGUGAAGAUGGAACCAAGACCAAGUGUGCAAGAGUGGCUUGUUAUAAUUUAUAUUUUCAGCACUGCUAUUGAAAAAGUCAGAGAGGUAUUUAUCUCAGAACCUGGAAAAUUCCACCAAAAACUGAAGGUGUGGAUUUAUGAAUACUGGAAUUUUACUGAUUCUAUAGCUAUCAUCCUGUUUAUGAUUGGUUUUGGCUUGCGCUGGUCCGACCCCCCUAUUAAAACUGCAGGGAGGCUACUUUACUGCUUGGAUAUAAUAUUUUGGUAUGCUCGGCUCCUUGAUCUUUUUGCUGUGAAUCAGCAUGCUGGCCCAUAUCUGACAAUGAUUGGGAAAAUGACAGCAAACAUGUUCUAUAUUGUGGUCAUGAUGGCCAUAGUCCUGUUGAGUUUUGGAGUGUCACGAAAGGCAAUCCUUUCACCAGAGGAGCCUCCUUCUUGGACUCUGGCACGAGAUAUUGUAUUUCAGCCCUACUGGAUGAUGUUUGGAGAGGUCUAUGCUGGAGAAAUAGAUGUCUGUGAAACCAAUGAAGACUGUCCUCCUGGCUCAUUCCUCACGCCAUUCCUUCAGGCUGUCUACCUCUUUGUGCAGUACAUCAUCAUGGUCAACUUGCUUAUUGCUUUCUUUAAUAAUGUUUAUUAUGAUUUGAAAUCCAUUUCGAACAAGCUCUGGAAGUACAACCGGUAUCGCUACAUUAUGACCUACCAUGAGAAGCCAUGGCUGCCUCCACCUUUCAUCCUCUUGAGCCACAUUGGACUCCUAAUAAACUGCAUCUUCCACCAUCGACCCCCAAAUGAGCUGGAUCAAGAGGAAGGUGACGUUGGACUAAAGUUGUACCUGAGUGAUGAGGAGUUAAAGAAACUCCAUGACUUCGAGGAACAGUGUGUGGAAAAAUACUUUCAUGAGAAGAGUGAAAGCCUGAGUUCCAGUGACAGUGAAAGGAUCCGUCUGACAACAGAAAGAGUGGAGGAGAUGUUUCUGCAGCUUAAAGAAGUGCAUGAGAAGGUAUUUUAUAUCAAGGAGUCUUUACUCUCCCUGGACAGCCAGCUAGGACAUUUGCAAGACCUGUCUGCCUUGACAGUUGACAUCCUGAAAGUGCUUUCAGCUGUAGACACCUUGCAGGUGGAAGAAGCCUUACUGGCUGACACAAAACAUCGAACUUCUAGGAAGUUGCCCCAUAGCUGGAGCAAUGCUCUCUAUUCCAAGACCUUGAGCAGCCUGGAGUGUUUAUAUGACAAGAAAUGCCACUACUACAGCAUGCCACCAUCCCUCUUACGGAGCAUGGUAAGGAGUCAGUGGCCAUCAGAAUGCAAAGACCACACAUUGAGGACCGAGAGUAACAAGGCAGUAGAAGAUAGCUCUCGAAAGACAGAAAUAGAAAGUGACACACUCACUUCAGGAGUAUCCUCUGAGACUAAGUCAACCCCUAGAUAUGGACAAUUUUUGCUGGUGCCCCCUGACCAUCAGGGAGCGUCUUUCUCUGAGGAUUUCACCUUAAAUUUGUCCUUUCUGAGCACUCCUGCCAAGUACAGGGACAAUGUGUUCAGAGAUCAACUGCAAAGUAGCAUUGUGGUGCCGCAAAACUUGCAGAGCAUUAGCCUGAUUGGAAAAGAGCCAGAAGAUUAUCAAUGGAGCCAGAGAAACUUUGUUAUUCAUUUGCCAUCAGAAAAGACUAAUGCCAUAGAGGCUGAUCAUCCCCUUGGUGUCCAGCCAUCACUAGAUGUUGAACAGAAUGCAGCACUCUCCUGUGAUGACAGGGAAGAAACUGAAGGUGGUUAUGUAAACUGGGGAUUCUCUGAAGGUGAUGAAAAAGGGGUUUUCAGCUCGGGGAAGAAACAAAAGAAGGCCCGGUGCAUACAUUCUGCCUAUAACAGUGACUGCAAUUGCACGGGUAGUCCUCCCAGGCAUGUUCAGAUAAGAGAAUCGAAGUCCUUCUCCCACAACUCUGACAGGUCAUGUCACAGCAGCAUCAUCUCUCAGAACAAGCUAAAACACAGCACCUCCUUCUGGAUCAGACCACUCUGGAGGGAAUGGAGUUUCUGCCGGAGCAACAGCUUACAUUCCCCUAAGAAAGAGAAAAGAGGGAAAACCUGCAGCAUCAUAGGUGAGUCUUUACAAUCCAGUGAGCUACACCACAGUGAGGCAACAAAGGCUAAACAACAAAACAGAGACAGAAAGUCUGGAAGAGGAGAGAAGAAUCAAAAACCCCUUCAGGUGCCGGUGAUUAGAGUGGAUGAUUGUCCCCAGAACACCCAAGUGAGCUCAGAGCCCAUGGAGAUCAAUGUCUGGGAUGAGCAAGAGAAACACAGCAAGAACUGGUUAACUGUGUCUAAUUUCAGUCAGCUAAGUUUGGAACGUCUCAGUUACAUGCACCAGAAAAUGAGAAAUAAAGACAUCAGUAGGUGUACCUUACCAUUCUGUGAUUACCUGAGGCGUUCUCAAGAGGAUUUGAGUAAUAGUGUAUUUGGAACCACCAAGAAAAGUAAUCUAAACAGAAACUCCUCGUUGAGAACUUCAGAGGAAACUGAGAAUAGCUUCACCUGUUUGAAAACAUCUCAAGAUCUGCAUCAUCACUACUCAGCUGUUGAAAGAAACAACUUAAUGAGACUUGCUCAGACCAUACCAUUUACACCAGUCCAGCUCUUUGCUGGAGAGGAAGUGACAGUCUAUCGACUAGAAGAAAGCUCACCUAUGAACCUUGAUAAAAGCAUGUCUUCCUGGUCCCAGCGUGGUAUGGCUGCAAUGAUCCAUGUCCUGUCACGGGAGGAAAUGGAUGGAGGUCUGCGGAGGGCCAUGAAGGUCAUUUGUACUUGGUCUGAGAAUGAUAUAUUAAAGUUGGGACAAGUAUUUAUUGUGAAGUCUUUUCUGCCAGAGGUGGUUCAGACUUGGCAAAAGAUCUUUCAUGAUGGCACAGUGUUACAUCUCUGCCUGAGGGAGAUCCAACAGCAAAGGGCUGCCCAGAAGUUAAUCUAUACCUUCAAUCAAGUAAAGCCUCAUACUAUUCCCUAUACUCCAAGGUUCUUGGAAGUUUUCCUCAUCUACUGCCAUUCAGCAAACCAGUGGCUGACCAUUGAGAAGUACAUGACUGGCGAGUUUCGGAAAUACAACAACAACAACGGAGAUGAGAUUACUCCCAGCAGCUUGCUGGAAGAGCUCAUGCUGGCCUUCUCUCACUGGACCUAUGUGUACACCCGUGGAGAGCUCCUUGUCCUGGAUUUGCAAGGUGUUGGGGAAAACCUAACAGAUCCAUCUGUGAUUAAACCUGAAGACAAAAAAUCUGGAAAGAUGGUAUUUGGACCAGCAAACCUAGGAGAAGGUGCAAUAAGAAACUUCAUUGCAAAGCAUCGUUGUAACUCUUGCUGCAGGAGGCUGAAACUUCCUGAUUUGAGAAGAAGUGACUACACACUAGAAAGGGUCAGUCCAGCCUUUGAAACAGAAAUGGAGACAAGCAUCAGAGGAGCAGACAAUGCAGACGAGCCUCUGGAGUAUGACACGCGACUGUGA